CAGAGAAAACACUUCCUUAUGUGCUUCGCACUGUACACGGUUGCCAUCAAACGUGGAUUCGUACCGAGGUCCCGACGCCCUUGUGACAUCAUGGUUUUGGUCUUUGACUGCCUGUUGGAUUGUAUUAGGAACCUUCACAUUGGGGAUUAGACAUUGCCACCUUUUACUUCGGUAAGAUUGCGAGGUGGGCGUAUGUCGGAUAACAGAUGAUGACAAAACACACUCAAGGAUAUAUUCUCUUCUCCCUUCUAAGAAGACCCCACUCGACGUAUAUAAAGCCUUCUUAUUUCAUCGUCCAGCAUUCAGCCCAGUUCCAGUAAAAAUCCCAGUACCUUCUAUUCUAUCAACCUAACCUUUUGCAAGAACUUAACAUGUCCACCACCACUGCUUUACCUCCCUUUCCCGAGAACGUUCCUACCCAUCCCUUGCUCGUCGUAGAUUAUGAGCUCAUUAAGGCGGGCGACGAACAAGAAAUCGAAAAGCUCUGGAAGGCAGCUACCGAGCUUGGUUUCUGGUACUUAAAGAAUCAUGGCGUGGACGAAAAGGUCAACGAGAUGUUCGAGAUGGGAGCCGAAACUAUGGCACUCCCUUUGGCUGAAAAGCUCAAAUAUGAACAAGGAGACGACGGCAUGUCUUUUGGCUACAAAGCCGCAGGCGCCAAUGCGACAGAUGAUAAAGGCUCUCUUGACACCGUCGAAUUUAUCAAUGUUUCGCAGGACGACGCCUUCGCCUUUCCCGCUCAGGCUCACCGAUCGUAUCCGUCCACUGUCGUUGCACGCAUGCCGGAGACUAUUGUGCCUUUUAUAAACAAGUCGGUCACAGUGAAUGAAACCCUUCUCAGCGUGUUUGAGGCUCGUCUCGGGUUACCUGCAGGCGCCCUGUUGGCCAAGCAUAAGAGGGAAGAAUAUAGUGGAAGCGAAGCGAGAUGUAUCAGGAAUCCUCCAAGGCCAAACGAUUGGCAAGAGGAGAAGGCUGCUCUCGGAGCGCAUACCGAUUUUGGCUCUUUGUCGUUUCUCCACAAUAGGCUGGGAGGCCUACAAGUGCUUGUCCCAGGUACAGAAAAUUGGCAAUAUGUCAAGCCUAUUCCCGGCCAUGCAAUUUGCAAUUUGGGCGAUGCCAUGACCAUAUUCAGUGGAGGCAUCUUGCGAUCUAACCUCCACCGUGUUGUGCCAUCCCCCGGUGAACAAUCGCACUUUCCUCGAUGGUCUCUUGUUCUCUUUACUAGGCCUGGCAACUCCGUCACUCUCCGUGCUUUGGUUGACGAAAGUUCCAUUAUCGCUGACGCCGUUGCGGCCAACACACGCGAGGAUUUGGACUUUAAGACUGGUGCAACUGCGAGUGAGUGGUUCGCCAGAAGGAUUAAGAACCAGAGGAUCAAGAAUCGUACGGGCCCUGAGACGUGGCAUGCAAGUCGGGGAACUGAGCAUAAGCCUCUGGCGGCGUAAUCAUACUAGUUAAUGGCUCCAAGAAAUGUAACUAUAGACGUGUUAUCAUCAUAUGUAUGUUUUCAAAGGAGUGUUUUCAAUCUUGUCGAUGUAGUUGACGCUCGUGAGUGUCUGGUGUAUUUACGGUGCAUGUCUACAGUUACCUAAAUGUGAUCAUGGGACUGGCAGUCUUAUGCGGGGAAAUAGGUAUCCGAUGUUACUUUGCGAGGC